GUAUUGCCUUCUGUAGUGCUGCUCACUCACUGUGUAAAACAGCAAGGACCACACACACGAGACUCGCCAGCAGAAUGGAAUCCCCCAAACAACUGCACCCGAUUGAAUGCCCAACUGCCAACGCAGCCAACAAUGUACUUCAUCCGCUCUGGCUUGCCCGGGAUGUACUCGAGCGCAUCGCCAGCUUCGCGCCCCAGAAUGAGAUGCCCCUGACGCUUCGCCUGCUGAAUAAGACAAUCGCGACGGUUUUGUCAUCUCCAGAGCACAAGCGUGUGCGGGCAUCGCAGCCGCUGCCCGCCCACGCCUACAGCAGCCUGCCCGCUGCCGCCAUCCAGCGGGGCUCCACAUGGCAGCGCGAGGAGCUCGUGCGCGUCGCGGCUCGCAGCGGCAGUCUUGAGGCUGUGGACGCAGCGCUGGCGGCUACAUGCCUGUCUAAAUGCCUGUCUAAUGGGGAUUGGCUGCUGGGGGCCGCUGCCGAGGCCCCAGGGCCGGGCGUGGCGCUGGCGCUGUGCCAACAGCUGGCGGCCCGGGGCUGGCUCACACGGGUAUGACGCCGGUCUGAAGAGGGGCAAAAACGUGUCCACACGUGUUUCUCCACGCUCGCGUAGACUUAGCCUCCCUCUUUCAGAAUUUAACUUAUAUGACAUAUAAGGAUGCUAAAGUUUGGUUCCCGUCGCAUUCUGCGAGGGUGGCUGUCACCACAUUUCGCGAGGCAUGCUUUCGCCAGGGUCGCACUCUUAAGCCCGGGAGCAUGUUUCUAGUCUCCUUGCAUGUAUGUUUGAUGACGGCAACAAUAAUUGGCAUCAAAGCGCGGUAAUUGUGCAGACUUGAGAAGCCUGUUCACCGCGACGUCACCGAAUAGGACGCAAACAAAAU